AUCUUAUAUCGGCGUUGCAACACAAUUUUCAAUUGUUAAAGCAAAGUAAGAUUAUCAUUUCCUUCAGCAGCUAUAUGUUCAGAAAUAUACGUCAUGAAUAUGUCGAUAGAUUGACAAUUUCGUCGAGCGUGAUUUCGACCAAAACCAAGUUGCCGUGUCACGACAAGAGUAGAGUAUCUUUAAACUCUCUGCACUUGCAGGAGAGAAAAAAUAUUGCGUAAAAAACAGAAGAGGAACAAAAAAAAAAAAAAAACAUGUGAAAGUGUGAGGAACAAACGCGAAAAUCAUAUCUGUCACAUCAAUCGAGAAUACGCGAUCUGAUAUUGACAGUCGCGCGAAGAGACGAAAUCGAACGAGAAAAAAAAAUGAUAUAUCACAAAUGCGCUCAUCAUAAGCAAAUGUAAUGCGUACUGGCCAUAUCUGGCGGUGGUUGAGCGCAGAGCAAAAUGCGUAAAAUGAGCUUUUCAGCCAGAGGUUUUGACAACGGAGGCGGAAGGAACACGGGCGAGACCGGCCUGAGGAUUCCACCUCCACCACCGUCGUGUUGCCUACUGUCACGAGAGAAGCACCUCAGUUACACGCCACGGGGUUGAGAAAGCGGACGCGUUCAUUCGGCGCUCCGGUUCGACGCUUUACGCGCGUGUCGUAAAAAAAAAGAGGUCCCCCGUUCAACCCAUGCUCGUGUCCGAGCUAAAUUAAUACUGAAUAAAUAUUUAUCCCGUAACGCGCCGUAACGCGAUGAUCGAUAUGCCAUUAUUCAUGUGUACGCGACUUUUCCCGCCUUUUUGUUAACGCGGUGGACGCGGUGCGUACGCGACGGAGAUGGCAUGUGCGACAAGGCCGCGGAGCUGGCAAUUGUUAAUUAAGCUGCGAUAUUAAAAUUAACACGCGCGCUUUCCGAUAGAGGAAUUUUCGACUUUGGGAAUGUAAUAUAUCACCGCUGUGUUUUAAAUUUGACUUCCCUUCUUUGUUUACCUGCAGCUGUCUUAUUUCUUUGAAUCGAUCUAAUUAUAAGGUAAUAGAUCGAUAACAGUGAUGCGAAGCGUGGUGUGCGAGACGAAAUCGACUUCUUCGCUUCACUCCGCAGCGACGUGACAUUGUGCCCGUGAAUUUGCGUGACACAGAACACAGUCCCCCAUUAUUAAAUGAUAUCGCGCGGAAAUUCAUCUUACGCGCUCGCGUAACUCGCUCCUCUAUAAGUAAUGAGCGGAAAACCCAGCGAUUGUUAGCGUAUCACGCGACAAGUGAGCGACCGGUCAAUCGAUCGUUUGUUUGUCGUUCGUUUCUCGAAAGCAAGCAGAAGUGAUCGACACGCAGGGAUACGCGAAAACGACAGAACCGCAUUAAGUUAAAGAAACAAAGAUUAGUUACAUAAAGGGAACAACAAAUCAUUCACGAAAGAAGGACAGGCGAGAGGCGAGCCGGACGUAAAUGGUGAUGCGUAGACGGAGACGUUCACUGCAGUGCCAUGCUUUGAGAUCCAAAGGUAACGACGAGGAUUAUAUGUCGUGUCAUCCGCUUGCAUCCUUGACGACGCCAAUAAGACCGCGUCCUCCGCCGGGUUGACGGUCGCGAUGGGACUUUCAUCGAAUACGACCAACUCGUCGUUUGAUGUCUUGAAUCAUUCCAUCCCAACGAACGUGUCGUUCGUGGAGACGGAGCUGAAUCUACCGUACACCGUCUGCGAGAUCCUGGUGGCGAUCUGCGCCGUCUUCGGCAACGGCCUGGUGAUCAUCGUCUUCAGCAAGGAACGGAAGCUACGCAGACGCACCAACUACUACAUCGUCUCAUUGGCCGCGGCCGAUCUCCUGGUCGGACUGUUCGCGAUCCCGUUCGCGAUCCUCGCGAGCAUCGGCCUGCCGACGAAUUUGCACGCCUGCCUGUUCACCGUCUCGGUCCUCGUCGUCCUGUGCACCAUCAGCAUUUUCUGCCUGGUGGCGGUGUCCGUCGAUCGUUACUGGGCGAUACUGCAUCCCAUGAGAUACUCGCGCACGGUGCGCACUAAAACUGCCAUAGGUAUAAUAUGCGUGUGUUGGAUAGCGGGUACUCUGGUGGGCUUUCUGCCGCUCUUCGGAUGGAACGCCGGCGAGACCAGCGACCACCGGUGCAUGUUCACGAAGGUGAUGGAUUACGACUAUCUCGUGUUCUUGUACUUUGCCACCAUCAUCUGUCCGGCUCUGCUGAUCGCGGCGUUCUACGCCCACAUAUAUCGGGUUAUCGUGAAGCAGUUACAGCAAAUCGUCACGGUGGACCCCGGCACCCGCGGCGGUGGUGCGGUUCGCCGUUUCGGCGGUCUGCAUUUCGGCGAUCAUCACCAGACCGGGACGAUGCUGCGUGUGCUCGGCGCGGCGCAACGGGAGGUCAAGGCCACGCAGAAUCUCUCGCGCAUCGUCCUCUUCUUCAUCGUCUGCUGGUUCCCGCUCUACACGAUCAACUGCGUGAUGGCUUUCUGCCCGCAAUGCGAGGUGAAUGACUUCUUCCUCAAUUUCUGCAUCAUCCUCUCGCACAUCAAUUCGGUCGGCAAUCCGCUGCUCUAUGCGUAUCACCUCAAGGACUUUCGCGCCGCGCUCAAGAACUUCGUGUGGCGGCUGCUCUUCCCGAACAGCGACGUCAAAUCCAGCGUGAUCAGCGUGAUCCACGAUCGGGGAUCCCUCGCCGGAUCGCAGAGACAAUUUACGGCCUCCCAGAGGCGAUUCAGCGGCUUUCCUCAGUCGAGAAGUCAAAGACCGAGUCUGCUACGUCAGGUGAUCGACGACAGAAGACUAAGCAGCGCGUAUGCGGAAAGGCGCGUUUCAUCGAUACGGGAGAAGGAGCCGCGGCAAAACGCUGCAGCAGACGUCGGCACCGUGGUCGGAAGCGCGAUCCCAAUUAACAAUUCCGCGCCGACCAAGGACCGGGUAAACGAAGAAGAAGUGGUGAGCGACGGCGAUACCGUCGACUGGAACGGCGAUGCAACUGACGGCGGAACUUGCUCGAUGGAGCUACAAACGUACAAGUUGCUGGCGUCGCUCCUGCCGGCCGAGGAGCACAGCGUCGAGGAAACCCCGCCUGUAUCGACUUUUGUGAUCGAGGUCGACGUGGUGAAUCAUGCCACUCCCGAUCACCUUCGUCUGGCUCUAGAGGAGUCUCGAGACAGAAUCGACGUAGCAGGCGGAUAACCGUGAAGAAUAAAACAACCGUACUUGCUCGUACGUGAAAAAAAAAGGAACAUUUGCAAUCUUUAAAAAUGCGACGAAAUAUUUAUAGAAGAACAUGUAUAUUUUUUUCUUAUUUUUGCUAUCAAGAUCUCUGUUGCUCGAAUUAUUAUAUUAUUAAUUAUGUACUGAGUGUGCCAUAUAGCAUACGUCACAUGUGUUUAGUGUAAGUUUCAAUUGUUAGAAUAAGUUACGUUAAAACAGAACAACAGUGAUAUAUUCGAGCUUCGAACAAAAAGACAAAGUGAUAAACAAAGUGGUACGUCUAAUCUUUUAAUCAUGUAUUAUAUAUAUAAAUAAAAUACUAAGACGAACGGAACGAAAUAUUCGGAAAUCCACACGAAAAUUUAAGGACAUCACCGAGAAAAGGAAAAAGAAUUUCUUGAAUGUCUAGUCAUUUUAAGUAUGCAAUGCUAUAUAAUUUAGGAUUUACGAAGAAUUGCGGAGUAAUUAAUGCCGAGGAGGACAAUAUACUUGAUUACAGAACCUGUUAUUAAAAGCUGACCAAAACACGCUAUCGCGACCAGCUCUCGCUGGUCACCGACAGUGAAACAGAAGUGCAUGAAAUGAAUUCGGAAAAAAAAUCGAAUUACACGAACAGUGACGCAGAUACUGUAAAAAAUAUUUUCCUUAAUUAACAAGCUGCUCCGGGAAAUUAUCUUGCGGUAUCUCCUUCUAUAUACUUAAUGUUGUAAAAUAAAACGGUGCAUAUUACACUUGUCUUCGCGUGUAUUCUUAAAGUAGAGCAUUUGCACAUUACUUGUGCAGCUCUCGUGCGUUAUGUCGUUAAGAUAAAUGUAGUGAUCAUGCAAUUCUUUUUCUCUUCCUUUAUAUCCUCUAUAAACAGGGUAUUUAAGUGCAUUUACCGCUGAUAGUGAUAUAAUACUCUUUUAAAAUUAAUAAUAAAUUAAUAACCUUUCAAUAUAAUUAAAAUAAUAGAUUUAAUUAAUAAGAAUCUCAAGAUGUGAAUAAUUUUUUAGCUCUUAUUAAAAUAUAAUGGACUUGUGAAUGGCAAACUGUGGAAAUUUUUCAGAAAUGCAAUUUUGAAACAACAAAAUCUCGCUCUCUGAUCAAUUGAAUUUGAACGUUAUUCUUUUCAAUAAAAUUUUUACUACAUACAUAUGAUUUAAGAAAGUAAAGUAUUUAAUUGAACUUUGACAGACAACAGAGUUAUUUCAGUCCUUAACGAGAAGUUUCUGUUUGUUCACAACUCUCACAAAUGCCAAAUGAUUUAGAUACGCAUGUUCUCUUUCUCGAAGUACGAGCAGUAUAUUUAUUAUUAAUAAAAAUUGCGAUCUUAUUAAAUUAAUGAAUGUUAUGUAAAUGAAUGUAAGUGCAAUGAAUUUUAUACUUAUAGUCAUUCCCUCGUCUCCCUGUCAUUCGUGUUUACUAUUUAUUUAUUAUAGUGUUAAUUACGGUUCAAUCUCUGCAGAAUCUUGUCAUUUUAGAGAUUAAGAACAUUCCUGUUAUAACAAAUCUUAAAUUUUAUCGAAUUUUGAAACAUUCCAUCGAUUGAACGAGAAAUAAAUGAAUCGAGAAGAGCACGUUAUUACGCUAUUGUGCAUGCAAAUUCCUAACAUUAGUGUAUAUAGAUACUCUGUGUAUUGUUGCAAGUAAAAUUAAUGUCAUUAAAGCUUCAUAUAUGUAAUAUAUG